AUUUUUUUCUUUAUUCUUUCUCUUCUUUUCUUAAUAUAAAACAAAUGGGCUUCUGUCAACGUUGUGGCGAAAUUACAAGUGGCAAGUGCAAGAAAUGUGGUGGAAGAUCAGUAGCAUCCACAAUCAAUUGUUUAGCUGCUGAUGGUAGCAUAUCCGUAGUAGAUCGUUGGCAAUCACAAUAUGCAGACACUAUUUUAGCACCUGAGGAAAUUAUGAGCAAGUCUCCUACAUCAAAACGUGUUCCUGUAACACAGUCUGCAUUUUAUGAUAAUCCAUUUCUCCAGAAAACAGUCAGAAUAACUAAACUGUGCACUUAUUGUAGCAAGAACUUGAACCAAAAAUCAAGCUAUAUUGUGGAGGACAAUUCACCUUAUUGCAAAGAAUGCCAUCCAAAGCUAUUUAACAAGGGAAUUUGUCCCUCUUGUCAAAAACCAGUUACUGAAAAACAAGAUUUUAUUGAGCACACAAACAAGAUUUGGCAUACAAGUUGUUUCGCUUGCUUUAAUUGCAAGACCCCAUUGGAUGCUAGUCCUUUAGUAGACCUUGAAAACCGACCAUGUUGCGAACCUUGUUUUAUGGGACAAGCUGGAAAGAAAAAAACUUCUGUCAGCACAAGAAAAAGACUAGAAGAUUUAUCAAUAUCUGUCCCACCUGUAACUAGCCGUUAUGAUUCUUAUUCCUCGCAAUCCAGCUUGUCUACUAUUGACUCUUCAAGAUCCUCCUCUUCUAUUCAUAGACCACUUCUUGAUCAAGACUUGUUUCAACCCAAAACACCACCUUUAUCAAGAACGCCAUCACCUAAAGAAGGUGUAGAAGACAACGAGUUCUCAGUUGAUUUGCUGUCUCGUAGACACCGCACACCUCACCGUUUAACAACCAUGUUUAUACCACCUACUACAUCUGCAUCUUCACCAUUAUUGCAAAAAGCAACAGCAGAAUCAGUAUCCUCAUCACCUCUAUCACCUUCACCUUCAUUUUCUAUUGAUCAUAAACCAGAAGCCAACAAAAAACCUCUGUCCUUAUCUCAACGCCCAUGUCAUGCAUGCCAAUUACCGUUAGGUGACGCCUCGCAAAAAAAGAUCAAAAUUCCAUUAGGACCUUCUCAAUACGCAUGGUUCCACAAGUCUUGUUUUGUUUGUAGCAAGUGCCAUAUGCCUUUUAAGAAUGGUGAAUGCGCUACAGAUGGUCAUUCUUUCUACCAUGCUCAGUGCGAUUCAUUCUGUUCUGGCUGUCAAAAAAUUAUUCAUCAAGACUCAUUCAAGUUUAAUGAUAAAAUGUAUCACUUUGACUGCUUUAGAUGUUUUGGUAGUGGUUGUAAAUUAGGGUUUGGACAACCUAUAUUUGAAAUUAAUCAAAAGCCAUAUUGUGAAUCAUGUCAUACAGCUUUCAUUGCAUCAAAUCAGACGCCUAUUAGGACCACAAGUACAAAUUUACGCCAACAACAAUCACAGCGUGUCUUACCUAAAUUGGGAGGAUCCAAAACAUGCCCUCGGUGUAGAAAAAGUAUCUCAAUAAUGGAUGAUGCGCCUGGUCCAUUUGCAAGUCGUUGGCAUAAAAAAUGUUUGUGUUGUGCUAAAUGCCUAAAACAAUUGGAUUCAGAUGCUAAAAUGAGACAAGGUUUACAAGGCGAAUCAUUAGUCUAUUGUCGAAAUUGCAUUGUUUAAUGAAUAAAAGAUUUGUUAAAAGAGGCAUCUAUGUUUAUUUGCUUGUAGAACUAUGCUAAGCAUAAAUGCGCUCAAGAUUUUGGCG